AUGCUACUUGACACUUCUACCAUGCGCAAGUUAGGGCCUGGCUUCGCCUCGGCUUGUGGGGGACGAGUCUUGAUGAGACGCACAAACAACCCACGAGACAGGAAAGCGAACAAAGAAACAGAGCAUGGGAGCUUUCCAAUGUUCAUUCCACUGUUCACCAUCUCCGGUCUGAGUCUGGUUGGUGAAGGCUCACUUGAGCGCCACGAACAUGGUUAUGAUGCAGGGGUUAAAGAUCUGCGAAAUGCAUUGGGGGCGCUGUCUUCAGCGCGCGCUAUAACUUUUCACGGCUUCACAAUACAGAAAGGCUGGUUCUCGCCCAAGGACCAGGAAUGA